UAGUACUGGGUAUGCUAGUAAUAGGCUAUUGUUUGCCGAAAUUUAAUUGGAGUCUCAUCAUUGUCGGUGUGAUGGGAAUGGGGUUUGGUGGCUUCCUCGCGGCGUUCUACCUACUCGCAGUACCUGAAGAUACAAGACUCAAACGAGCGCAAACUAUAGCAAAUUUCGGCAAGCACCAUAUUCAACAUGUCGACAUCGUUGAUGGCGUUCCCUCAUGGUCAAGUUCAACGCAGAAGAAAGAAGAGAUAGUCGCAGAGAUCAACGGCGCUGAACACCAACGUGUUUCUAUCUCACCAGAUAUAGAUCCAAUGGUUGAGGAGAUGAUCACAUAUACCGUCAGAGACUUUGUGAAUAUCCCAAUAGGCCUGGUUGCGGAGGGUCAGCACAACAUCCCCCUCCGCACUUCACUGGCAACCAUGGCUAUGAACGUCGCAAAUCGCCUAUCUAAUAUGCGGCUGCCAGAAACAGCGCUACUUGCCGUGUUUGGACUCCAAAACAGUUUUAUUGUGCAUUUACGUGCUUACCGUGAGCUCCGUGCGAGCCAAUUGCCCAUUGCAGAAUACGUCAAAACACAUGCCAACCCCGAUUCCGUUCUCGGUCGGUGUUAUCACAAGGAGGAGAGGCUAAAGCAAUUCAGAAGCACUGCCAAGGCUGUAUGCCAGGCAUUACUGUCUAAGAAUGAUCAACAAUCAGCGGCGCUAUUUGCAGUCAUGCAGGAGAUCAUGGCAACACAUGUUUUAGAGGCUACAUUAGAACAUAUUUGCGACCCGGAUUAUAUCAACCUCUCAAUCAUCGACUAUUUCACUACGCCCACGCAAGACAAACCGGGAUCUAAAUCUGCAGACGACUCUAAAGGUCCAUCCAACAAGAGCGGCAAUCCGGAGGUGAAGCCUCAGGAUGCUCCUAUUUCUAGCUUGGCCGAUUCAAUUCUUAUGAAUGCUGCAAACUUGAUGGGGAAGUCUGCGCUAGGAAAGCAAAGCUUUGAUUCCGGAUCUCAACUACCUACAAGACGACAGUCUACUCUCAAGCAUGAUUCAAUGCCUGUAGCGCCAUCGACACUUAAUGAGGUCAAUGGGACAGAAGCAUCCCCAUCAUCCUCAUCUUUAUCAUCAUCACCGCAACUUACCACCUUGAAGCAGGUUCUAACAAACAAGAAUGAUCAUAUGGACACCUAUCAGGACUUUAUGGCCUAUCUUCAGGUGUGGGAUGCAAUGGAUCUAGUUCAAUUCUGGCUCAUGAGCGACAUUUUCCAUCGACAAAUUGAACAGGGAACCUUUGCAAACUUCAGUGAUCUUCAACGUGAAGCGUCUAGCAUUUAUAAUACGUACUGUGGACCAGACCCAGAUCAUGCCAUUGUUGGGAUCACAGAUGCCAAGAGCGGAGCAUUACUGAAGACCUUAAAGGCUAACCUUCAACGGGAUCCAGCAAAUUGCUUACGAGAGCCUCAAGAAUGGGCAUUAGAUGUUUUGGAAACUCAAUAUUGGGCCCCAUUCAGGAUAAAACAAAAUACGGACAAAAAUGUACAGCAAGCACAGAUGACACCCCAAGGUCGGUCGCAACCAUCUCCGCAAACUGUAGCUAGCCCUAAUCUUAGUCUUCACUCUCAGGACAUCGGUCAAAGGAAGCCCCACCUAGCAAUUAAUCACAGCAGCCCUUCACUUUCUCCUAGGGAGCCUACACCUAAGGAACCUACUACCUCUUCAGUGCUAUCUCCGGUGGCUAAAUUUAUAGCAUCCCCACGAACGCAGCCUUGUGCAGUCAAAGUGACUGAUAUGACCAACCGGCGACCCAAGACGCUGAUGUCAACUACCGAUCUACUGUACAUGAUUGAAGUACAGUCAGAAGGUGGCCAGGGUUGGGUGGUUACAAGGACAUUCCAACAGCUAGAACAACUGCAAGGCGCCCUCGUUCAUCAAUUCCCCAUCGUCCAACGAAAUACGUUCCCAAGGUGGAGACUUCAGCCUAGUGACAAAGUGUGUAAUGGCAUUCAAACCUUUCUACGGUCGAUGUUAGCAAUCCCUGAGGUAAGCCAGUCUGCUAGCUUGGCUUGGCUCCUUAGCAAGGAAUACGAUCAAUAUCCGGACGCUAUCAUGCCUGGCGCAAUCACUGGUCAGAAUUCAUCCUCAGGCUUGAUCUCAGCCCUAGCUCCAAUUUCAGACGGUAGUGCAGCUCUGGGAGCAGCUGCCGCACAAGGCGCCAAGACAGCUUUUCGGCAAGCAAGUGAGGCUUCGCUUUCUGCGGGAAGGUUUUUCAAAUCCUUAGGAACAGCCGUGAGCAAUAUUAAUAGCUCCCAAGCCUCUGAAGACCACAGUGUUCGUGGGUCUUUUGAAAGUGAAAGGAGCACCAGGAGCAUUAGCAGCAUUUCGACCUUAAACGAAUACCGUCAAUCAAAUGGAAGUUCUCUGGCCUCACCAACGACUCGAUUACAUGAACAAGAGUUUGAUACACACUCUAGAAUGUCCCUUUCCAGCGACAGUACACGGGUUGCUACGCGCAAAGCAUCCUUAAGCAAUGGACUUUUCAAGGCCGUAGAUAACACUACUGCUGUUGCCCAAAGUUCACCCAAUCCAUACCUUCAACCUCAGUCGACCGACAGGAACUCCACAUUAGUCCAUGCACCCAUUCCUCGCAGGACUCAAAUGCCGUAUCAAGGAUCGGACUCAUUGGAUGAGUUCUCUUACCAAUUGCUAGAAGAGCAAACUCAACCGGAUGUGGACAUUGCACAAGUUACACCUGAGACAUCCGCCGAAAGGGUCCCGGCUAUUCCGGUACAUUCAACUUCAACGAUUAACCCAGCUUCUGUGUCAACUUCUCCAGCAGCACAAACAGGAUUACCUUCCUCAGAUGAGCCCAAGAAGUCACAAAUGUCGUUGCUCUCUAAUGAUGAGUUGGAUUUAUUGAUAGAGACUACCUUCACUGUAUUAGAAGAUAUGAUGGACUUUUCCAAGAGUCAGUCAAUCCGUCGUAUGACUUUUGGUGUACUCCGUGAGCUGGUGCGCAAAUCGUAUCGGGUCGCAAUCAAUCAAAGCUUUUCAGCAUGGGUGGAGCAGUGUUCUAGUCACGAGAGCGCUGUAGAGACCGUACGAUGGAUGAAGGAAGACCUUCUCUGGCCAAAUGGAGAAUGGCCUGCUGCCCCGACGACGGCUCCAACAAUACAGGCAAAUCCGAAUGAUGUGGCGUCUGAUGAGAGACGAGACUUUCUUCAAAUAGGGGGAGAUCAGUACGAAGUUGGUAGUGAUGGGAUUGCAGUCAAGGUGCCCAAGGUAAUAACAACAUCAGAAACAAGAACAGCGACUGCAACGCAGCCCACGGGUGCUACUGUUGCUUCAAAAUCUGAGCGGACCUUGGAGGAAAAGGUGGCGACAAGAGAAAAGGCGAGAGAGCUAGUGAAAAUUAUGGUUCCAGGUUCAUUGGCUACUGUACUUGGUAGAGAAGCUGUCCAGCGUGGACUUAUAGAUGUUUUUGAAAUGUUUCAGAUCAAGGAGCUUAAUCUCGGUUUGGCGUUAAGCGUCCUUGAGAUGGUAGUGCGUCUUGUAUUGACGCGAUAAGAUAGACUUGUAGAAUACCUGUAGACAUCUCCCAAC